AUGAAAAGUCCAGAAAUUCGAAAACAAAAGAAGAACAGACAUCAGGGUCAACGACCUAACAUGGAUUCUGUUAAUCAAAACGAAUUCUACUUCCGUUCAGAACACAGAGAGAAAACAUCUAAAGUCGACCCCAAAAUUAUAAAUCUAUCUCAAAGGAAUUUUUCUACGGAUGAAAUAGAACUACUCAAAAGGGGCCUAAAAUUUACUCCUACGCCUAAAAAAGACGACGUAGAUGUAAUCAAAGACACAGAAGAAUUUUGUCGGAAGCUAAGACUCCGGGAAUUCUUCCAGAAUUCGGAUUACAAUGACGAAUCCUUAGUUCGAAACAAAAGUGAUUUUAAACCAAAAUCAAACAGGGACAAACACUUGGACGAUUACAUUAAUUGUUUGAAAAAAUCUGCAUACAACAAUCACAGCGAUAUCCAUGUGCGAGAUAACAUCUCAAAAAUUGAGAGAACAGCACUGAAAAAUAUUACUGGUGACGAUACUAUUAUCAUAAAAGAGGCUGACAAAGGAGGAACUAUUGUUAUUAUGGACAAAGAACACUACAAAGAUAUGGUCCUAGAACAACUAGAUGAUAUAAACUUUUACAAGGAACUACCUUCGAAGGAAGACAAGAAGACGAUGUCUACAAUGAAAAAAUAUACUUCAAAAUUUUCCGAUAAUUUAACCAAAAAGGAGAUAGAUUUUCUUCUCAAUUUUGAAGUAAAAACUAGUAACUUUUACGGAUUACCGAAAAUUCAUAAAUCUAAACAAAUUCAAAACGGAAUACAGGAAAUGAGUGAACCUUAUAUUAAAUUGCCACGUCCAACAGACUUAAAACUACGCCCUAUUGUAGCUGGUCCUUCUUGUCCAACACAGAGACUUAGCAAUUUGCUAGAUAUUAUACUAAAACCUUUCUGCAAAUUAGUACCCAGUUUUAUUCGGGACGACAUGGAUUUUCUCAACCAUAUUCCAGAAAGUGUAGAAGAAAAUACGAAAUUAGUGAGUUUUGAUGUUACUAGUUUAUAUACAAAUAUUCCCCACAAUUUAGGACUAGAAGCCAUCUCCUUUUGGAUUGACAAGCACCCAGAUGUAAUCCAGCCGAGAUUUUCAAAAGAAUUUAUCCUCGAAGGACUUAAAAUAGUUUUGCAAAAUAAUCAUUUCUUUUUUGAUGACAAGUACUAUCUACAGACAAAAGGGACAGCAAUGGGGACAAAAGUCGCCCCUACCUACGCAACUCUCGUUCUAGGUUUUCUGGAGGAAAAACUUUUUUCAGAAUGCAAAACAUUUUUUGGAGAGGAUUUUGGUACAUACAUUGAAAGAAACUGGAAACGUUAUUUAGAUGACUGUUUUAUUUUUUGGACAAAAUCUCUACAAGAUCUACAACAGUUUAACAGCAUUCUAAAUCGACUCCAUGAAAGUAUGCAUUUUACAAUGGAAAUCAGUGAAAACAAAUUGCCAUUUUUAGACAUUCUUAUUAUAAAAGAGGGAAGAAAAAUCAUAACGGAUCUCUAUUACAAGAGCACAGACUCCCAUCAAUAUUUGAUUUUCAACUCAUGCCAUCCCUCCCAUACUAAACGAAACAUCCCAUUCAAUAUGGCCAGGCGAAUUUGUACUAUUGUUAUUGAUGAGGAUCGCAGAAAUACAAGACUGUGUGAACUAAGAAUUUUUCUUUCUAGACAAAAAUAUCCAUCAAAACUAAUUGAGGCUGCUAUACAAAAGGCAAAGGAAAUACCCAUUAACGAAUUACGUACUAUUAGACAUCACGAAGAGGAGAACAACGAAAAGAUCCCUUUUGUUCUAACCCACAACCCAAGAAAUCACAACAUCUUUAAAACUGCCAAACAAUUUUUCCCUAUUAUUCAACAAUCAGAAACAUUAAGGGACCUUAUUAAACCAAAGGAUAUACUACACAGCAGGCGUCAACCUCCCAAUUUGAAAAAGAUUCUUACCACUGCCAAAUUUACAUCGAACCCCGAGAAACCGAUGGUUUCUAAGUGCGAGGAUCCACGAUGUGGAACCUGUCAAGUUUUAAAAACCGGACAAACCAUUAUUUUUAAAAACGGCAUGAAGUUUGACGUUAAAUCUUGGGACUUUAACGAUUGUGAACUUAAAGUCAUCACGUUUGUCAUAGAGCCUAGUUUUUAA